UGACGGGGCGGGGGGAUGACAGCGGGGGAACGUACACACACAGACACACGCAUCCCACAGCCAGGGAAGAGGCAGGGAGCAGGCAAGGCAGAGAGGGAGUGAGAGUAGAGAGCGAGCGAUCCCCAAAGCAGCCCUGCAGCUCUGAGCUGGAAUCUGCCAGGGCACAGCCAGCAUGUUGGUCCUCAGCCUGCUUGUCUGGGGAUCUUACCUGCAGCUCUUCUGCUUUGCUUUACCUCAGACUGCGUACGUUGACAAUGUCUUCUCAGUUUCAGCAGAUCUCCCAUGUCUGGAACAGAAGAAGGAGCUCACCCGCAGAGCGUGCUGCCUCCUCGGCCCUCCUCCACCACCCCUGUUUCCACCACCAUACUUCAGGCACAGCUGGAGCACUAAGCUGCUUGCCCUGGAUGUGAAAGAGCUGUGUCAGGAGCUCCAGAUAAUACAGGCUUCCUCCCUGCCCAAAUCGCACUGCCCUGCAGGGCCUCCUGGCCCCCAGGGUCCACAAGGAAUUCCUGGUAUAACAGGACCAAAAGGGGAGAAAGGGGAGAUUGGCAGGCCAGGAAGAAAGGGUAGACCAGGUCCCCCGGGCGUCCCUGGGAUGCCAGGACCGAUAGGAUGGCCUGGACCUGUAGGACCGAAGGGUGAAAAGGGAGAGUUGGGUGUGAUGGGAUUGCCAGGUACAAGAGGACCAAUGGGCUCCAAGGGUUUUCCUGGAACUAGAGGAGAAAAGGGAUCCAGAGGUGACAGGGGUGACAAAGGAGUCAAAGGAGACCAGGGAGAAAUAGGCUUCCCUGGAAUGCUGGGACAAAAAGGAGAGAUGGGCCCAAAGGGACAAUCCGGAGUACCAGGACACAGAGGACCUAUAGGAAGACCCGGAAAACGAGGCAAACAAGGACUAAAGGGAGACGUUGGACCUGCAGGUAUCAUGGGUCCACCUGGAAGGCCUGGUCCUUCUGGCCAGCCAGGCCCCCCUGGACCUUCAGGAUCAGGGCAACUCGCAAUAGGACCAAAAGGGGAAAGAGGACUGCCAGGGCCUCCAGGGAGGUGUCUCUGCAGAUCCCCGCAACACGUGAAUAACCCGCUGUAUGAGGAACAUGCGUUUGGACACAAUUUUCCCAAAGUCCCUGCGAUUUUUGUGGUGAAUAAUCAAGAAGAAUUGGACCGGUUAAACACUGAAAAUGCCUUAGCUUUUAGAAGAGAUCAGAGAUCUUUGUAUUUCAAGGAUACCUUUGGAUGGCUCCCAAUCCAGCUCACCCCUUUCUAUCCCGUGGAUUACCGCUUUGAGGGUGGCAGUACCUGUGGAGACGGGAUCGUACAGGACGGGGAAGAGUGUGACGAUGGCAAUGCGGUUGUGACUGAUGGCUGUAUAACGCGCAGCACGUGGCACCAUCUACAGCUGACACACAGCAGGUUUGGUACUCGGUUGGUUCUAGCAAAGGGAUGCUUCUUCACGUUUCAGAACAGGAUGCCGCCGUGCUUACUGCGGAGAUGGCUACAGACAGGAAGGGGUGGAAGACUGCGAUGGGAAAGAUUUUGGAUAUUUGACAUGCAAAACGUAUCUCCCUGGGUAUGUAUGAGCUAUCUUCAAUUUGGUUCAGUUUUGUUUUGCUUUGUUUUCUUUUUUUCUCUUUGCCAGCUUUAAAACCAAAUAGUAUUACCCAAAUAAGCCUUGUUCCACUGGGACCACUGCAGGUAGUGGGGGGAGAAAAAGUCUAUCAGCUUAUUUCUGCAUAUUGUUGGCUUGAAAAGGGCUAAAUCUCAUCUCCCAAUAAUCAGCACGUGCCUUUUACUGUACAAAAUGAGUGAAGGUCACACAGGCAUACAUUUGCCCAUUGCAUGGAAAGAGUUCCUCAUUCGGUGACAUUAUCAUUGCAUUGAUGUUCACCUGUGAUAUACCAAGAGUAGGAAAGACCAUGAGAAGGAAAUGAUCACACUGAAGGAAAAAAGACCCCAGACCCCAACCUCCAGCCAGCCUCCUGUUGCCCUUACCAUUAAUAGGUGCUCUAGGGGUAUCUUUGUUUCUGCAUCAAUCGGGUGUCUAUCAGCCUUUCCAAAGACCAGGAAAUUCAUUCAACAGCAGAUGCAAAGCCAGGCACUUCCUUAGCAAUGUCCUUCAUUUAAAACAUCUGCUUAUUGUUGACUUGCCUUCUCUGCCUUUGUUUAAGCAGCUUCCUCUGGUCAGCACUUUGCCUCCAGCAGCAGUACCUCUAUUUAACUGUCAGGUAUUGUUACUAGCUAACAGGAAACAUUUAAUUUGCAAAUGAAAUUAUGCGCAGAGCCCUCAUCAUUCAUGGAAGAAUAAUGUGCUAAUUGACAGGAAUAAGAAACCACAGGAUGUCUUUGUAAGUCAAAUGCUGUGCUAAUCCUUCCCCUGCAAUUGUUGGAGCACUCCUGGUGUAAGAGAUUACUAAAAUGAGACCAGCAAACCUGACAACCUGAAACGUUUUACAGAGAUCUCAUCUUCAGACAGUGUGGUGCUGGUUUCUACUGUGAAAAGUAUUUAUUCCCUUCUAAGAGUCUGAAGUUUGGUGCCAAAAAUAGCACCACAAAAGCUUGAGAAAUUAACUUGAGAAAUUUUUAUAAAUUUCACUUCCCAUGUAUAACCAAGUUGUGAAGAGCAACUGAGAUCCUUUAUUUUUGUGUGUGCAGUCUGCAAAUUAUCUGCUAAAGAAAAACCUGUGAAUCACGAGUAAAAUGGGUAAGUCUGUGAACAUGGCACUCCCACACGAGUUUCAUUGCAAAGCACCCGUUCCUCCAAGAGCUCAGCUCUAAGAUUUUUGCUUUUUCUACUCUUUCCAGCCCCAAAAUCCUUCUUCAUAUUUCACACACCUUCACUUCAGAUUUUGUGAUGCUUUUCUGAAAAUACAGGUUAUCCAAGAUCAUAGUUUUAAGAAUCUGCUUAAUGGGUGCUUAAUCCACAGCUUGUGGAUUAUCUGAUGGAUGGGUUAUUCACUUAGACAUAUGCUAGCCAUAAAAACUCUAUUAAAAUGCUUAUUUUAUUAACAUGUCUGGUCUGGUCUUCAGUAGGUAGAAUCACUGCAGCUCAGUUUAAGUCAGUAGGAAGACAAAAAUCCCUGGUUUUCCUUAUUUUGCAAGGAUUUACUUUUUUUUAUUUCAAAGGUGGGCAUGUGUCACAAUCAUUAUCUCAAGUACAUGAAAAGUAAGUAAAAGGUCAGGCACAGUCAUGUCUGCUGGAGCUACUGGAAGUUAACUGGAAAAAGACUUAGCUCAGAGCCUCAGGUGGUCCGUUACACAGUUCCCAUGGGAGAGCCAAGGCCUCCUGCACCCAUCCCUGCACAGCGCUCAAGUCCCAGUGUCAACGGGGAUUUUAUUUUUUUUAAUUGACUUUACUAGGAAUUAUGUCCUCCCUCAUAGUUCCUUCUGGAGUUUUUUUUUUUGUUGUUGACAAGGGGGAGCACAGUAGACCACUGAUGGAAAUUACCCUCUUAUUUUGGUUCCCAUAUGUGGCUGCACAUGGCAUUUUCUGAUGUUCUUCACUCCUACAUCCGGGAGUUACAUCCGGGAACUAUAUGAUGUGAACUAUAGCAUACUUUGAAACGGAGAUAUUCUCUUUUAUUUUAGGUCUUACGGAAAAUUGCGAUGCACUUCUUACUGCUACAUUGACUCUACACAGUGUCGAUACUUCACAUGAGAGGAGCGGAGGUGGGUAGCAUCCCACAUGUAGCGGGGUGCUAGGUGCUACACUGUCAUCUAUCCAAGAAGGACUGGGACAAAAAUAAAACCCCACCCACCUCUGUGUGAAAACCAAGAGACAUCAUGCUGCUGAUGGCCAUUUUGACAUGUUGGGGUUUUGCUUUUUGUUGUUGGGGUUUUUUUUGUUUUUGUUUUUUUUUUUUUUUAAUUAAGUCAGAUGAUUGGGAAAGAAUAGGACCACUGCAUCCUGUCUUAAGAGAGAAAUGUCGAACAGUGUUUGCCAGUAAGACUUUCAUGUGGCUGCAGACAGCAACAUGCUCUCCAUCACAAACGCAGCGUUCAGCUACUGGAAACUGAGUUUCACUAACCAGGAAUAUUGUGUAACGAUUACCUCGACUUAGCACUGUUAAACCUACAUGUAAGCUCUUCAGGGUUUUUGUCUUUAAACCUUCUCAGCAUAAACACGAAGCAUAUCUUGGAUGCGGUGUUUAUAGAGACUUUUUCUUUUAUGAUAAUGUGAACUUUGCAAGCGUUGUAUCCACGUGAGUGAUGACUUCAGCGACAUUAAUGUCAACUAUACACCUGCCUGGGUUGAAGGAGCAGAGGCCCUUCAGUAAGUGCUUUCAGGAUCAGCAAAUCAGCCAAAAAAGCUGGUUAACGUCACCUUCAGGCUAAGACGUUUGGCAGUCUGUGUGUCUGUGUGCAUGCAUGGAAAUACAAGCAGUCACACGAAGGCUGAAACUGCAGACCACAAAGGCCAAACUGGACAAAUAAGCUGUGAAACAGCCAAGGAGCUCUCUCCCAGGAGAAAAUCAGACAAGGAGAGAAGAUAAAGAAGGAAUGUAUUUCCGUAUUUUUCACCUCUGUGCUGAGCUGGCGGGGCUCUGCAUGACCCCGAAGGGGUUGGGACAGCGUUGGUUCCCUGCCUGAAUCCACAGCGUGACACUUUGCCUUCACUCUGGUUUCUACACUGGAAGGUUUUUUCGUUUUCAUCCCCUUGUCCACCCAACCAUCAUCAUUCAAUUACCAGUUAUACCCUGUCCUCUCUCCCUUUCACGGUUCCUGCCAUCGUCUCUGGGGUACGUUCUCACUUUUGUAUUGCUGUAAAUCAGAUCUUAGAGUAGGGUGUUUAUAGAUGUUCAUUCAUGCUGUGUAACGUACAUGUAUUUUUGUUUUUCACGAAGUUUGUUCAACUAUAUUAGCUCUGAUAGGAAUCAGGGUAAUUAUAUACUUAUUUAUUAGCAGGCAUUAAAGAGCAAAUAUCACAUGGGAAGCAUAUUAAGUGUUAUAUGAAAAAGUCUAACAGAAGAAUAUGAAACAAAGGAUGUGCAGAAUUAAGGACUAAAAGACUCAAGUCAAGGUGUUGUUUUCAUACACGCCACUCUUUCCUGCUUCAUGAUAAAUGCUGUACAUAACUGUUUAAAAUGCGUGAGUUAUCAGUACCAGUGACAGCACUGCAACAGCUGCACUUACACUGGUACUUCUGUAAAGGGUAAAUAAAGGUGGAUGUUGCAUUAUAAUGAUAACAUAUUAAAGCAAUCAAGAAAUGCAUACAACUUUUGCAACCUGUGUAGAAGACUUUAACUCUGCAUGUCCAAAGUGAUACUGUAAAUCACCAAUUAAAAAAAAAAAAUCGAACCCCAAACAAACUAGUGAACUCUGUGGCUAUCACUUACCUGGUCUAUUUAUGUUGCUAUGAGGCCAAGCCACCAGUAUUUGUAGCCCAGUUCCAUAGUUCAAAGUUUUGCAUUGUGUUGCUUUGUUUUCUUUACACAGAGGUCUUAAUAAAAGGUCAAGGAACUACUUGGGCAAGGAAGUUGCCAUAAGCUCUGGAAAUCUGCGCACUAGCACAGCUGCCUUUUACUUCCCUGUGUUUGUGCAAGUGGCAGGUUCUGGCAGCCUCACACCGUAUGGGAGCACGUAUCCUGUCAGGAGGCUCUCGAGGACGGCCAUUCUCCCAGCUGAAUGUCAUCCUGGCCAACCUUCCAGCUGAACCUCUGGCAACAUCUGCCAGGUGUUACCAUCCUGGGCUUGGAGACACUUUAUCUGAACCCCUCACGUUCUCCAAGGAGUUAAUCUCUACUCCCUAAAAGGCUGGAGUCUUUGACAAAUUUGAUAAUCCCAGUGGCCCUUCACCUUCACUUUUAAGUCACAUCAUUUUUAAAAGCUCCUGCUUGCAAAGGACACGGAUGUUGCAAAGAUAAGCGCAGAGUGUAGGAAACGUAAACAGGAGAUGUGAUCACAUAGGUAAAAUCACGCUGUGCUGCGCAUGUUCAGGAAGGGGCGUAUCAGUCUGUUGAGCAAACAUUCACAAAGCAUGGAUUCUAAAUGGCCUUUAUUAAUACAGCACAAACAAUUCAGCAUCUUAACAGAAAGCAAGCAACGUAAGAUAUAAGGGGGAAAAGAAAUGACCAUGACAUGAAACAAGUUUCUCACUACCGUUACCGUCUCAUUCCCCUGAGAUGAUAAAGCAUGAGAAAGGCAUCUGGGAAGGUGUUAAGUAUAUAUGAUUUAAAGGCUGCAAAAGAAGUCCUUCCUCUUUAUUUCUGACAUACCUGCUUUAUCAUUAAGUGGGGAUUCUUCAGCUGGAUGGUGCCUGGUCUGCUGUGAAUUAUCUUCCCUCCUCUGAGUUUCUUACCACAUUGUGCCAAGACUGGUUCAAAAAUUAAUUGGGGUACUUCAGUUCCUUGGCCUUUUUUAGCAGCAAAUGCUUUGGGAGAGUUUUCUAAUGAUUAGUAUGUUAACUCUAGACAAAUACAAAACCAGUAUGAUCUUACGCUAUGCACUGAUUUAACUGUGUACUAAAAAUCCAGCUUGCACUUAAUAUAUAAUAUAUAACUAAAUAUAUGUAGUUACCUACUGCAUGUAUUAGCAGCUCAUGUCAAUAAAUCAUGCUACCUU